AGUCGAGGGCGAUGACCGAAAAGGGGCCUCGUCAUGGAGCCGGAAUUGGCGGUGGUGUCCUCAGCGCCGCAUUAGUGCUGCGCAAAUCAAACGGAAUGUUUGACUCAUGUUUUCAUCCUGGAUUUGGCCGAUGACCCAACUCAUGCAUCAAGACCGCGUCUACUCAGCCUCAGCGCCAAAGCUUGUGUCCUACGCCGUGGCAGACUGCCCAGCCUAUCGGAUUCUAGUUAAACCAGAUGCCCCCCGCUUUUAGUAUUGAAAGCCAGCCGCUCGACGAGAUUGGACCAUAAUAAUUCCCGUCUUCGAGCUCUAAUUUACUUCUCAGAUGAACAGAUUUCCUCCUACUGCAACUGCCCUCCCUUCCUCCCUUCCUCCAUCAUCCUGGCUGUACAUGGAGCCCCACGAAGUUGCUGCAGAUGACCAGACUCGCCUCGCUCUGUCAGCGGAUGCAGAUUGCUCGCUAGAAUGGGCUCGCAGAGAGUGGAUGAACAAAAUUCCAUUCCGUGACCCAAUCACGGUCGAAGCAGACAUGGAUGGCAAAGGAAUCUUGGUCAUUCGUUCAGCUAAAGCUUGUCGAUCUCGGUCACCAAUAUUCUCUCAGUCUGCGGUCAACUGGACGGAUUGCUGUGCAGGAUCUUGGUCGUUAGUCCUGUUAAUUGGCACUCCCUCAUCUGCAUAGGUGAGCCAAAAGGCCUCUCAUAGAUUCGUAUUAGGUGCAAUUAGCGAUGCAGCCUUAUAUGAUCACUGCCAUUACUCCUCGGGUUUGAUGUAUUUCAGCUGGAAUGCUGGUAUUCCCAUUUUUUUCUCUUUCUCUCAGAAGUUCAUUCGAAGUUGAAAUUUCCCAGGAUGACGUCUUCUUCUCCGGCGAUCCGCUUGUGAUGUUGAAUGUUCUUUCACUCAAUUAUCUCCUUUUUUUUCGGUU